GGAUAUUUUUCAUUCCAGUCCCGGAGCUCGGCAGCACCACACAUAAUAUUUCCAAAACAAUAAAAUAUAAAAUAUAUAAAAAAAAAAACAAAAAUACAAAAAAAAAAUAAAUAAAAACCUAAAACAAAAAGUGAUAAAGAUUCGGCCUAAAAAAAAGUUCCAAAAAAGAUAGUCCGUUCGAGAAAAGUUUUUUUUGUUUUUGGAAAAGAAAAAGAAAGUAUAUUUCGGAGAAAGUCGGAAGUGAAAUAUAUAGAAAAGUGCUUUGGAAAGAACGUGACUUGAAAAAAUGGCCUACAGCUCUAGCAUGGCCAAGAGGGCCCUGGCCCUCGAAUACAAACGGCUCCAGGAACAGAUGGUGGAGGGCUUCACCGUGGACCUGAUCGACGAGAACAACCUGUUCGAGUGGGCGGUGGGGAUCUUCGGCCCCCCCGACACCCUGUACGAGGGCGGAUACUUCAAGGCCACCAUGAAGUUCCCCAACGACUACCCCUAUUCGCCGCCGACCCUAUGCUUCCAGACGAAGGUCUGGCAUCCGAACGUCUAUACCAGCGGCACGCUGUGCAUCUCGAUCCUGCACCCGCCGACGGACAACACGAAUAGCGGGGAACUGCCGUGCGAGCGCUGGAAUCCCGCCCAGACCGUCCGGACCAUACUGCUAUCGGUUAUAUCGCUGCUGAACGAGCCGAACACCUCGUCGCCGGCCAAUGUGGAGGCGGCCCUCAUGUACCGCCGCUGGCUGGAGACGAAGGGCGAGGACAAGGAGUACGAGGAGAUAAUACGCCAGCAGGCGCUGGAGUCGAGCGAGGAGGCGCGCCGGCAUGGCAUCAUUGUGCCAAGGACUCGCGAGGAGUACAUCAAGAAUCCGCAGGAGCCCGAGGAGGACGAACUGGAUGAUAGUUUCUUCUACGAUGCUUACAAUCAGGACCUCAUGGAUGAGGAUGAGGAUGAUGAUGAAGAGGAGGACGAUGAUGAAGAUGAGGAGAAUGAAGAGUUCGAGGAGGCACAGCAGCAGUUACUGGAGCAAGAGGAACCGGAGGAGCAGGAGGCAUCAAAGGAUAAAGAGCAACUGACGGAGCUAAAGGAAUCACUGGAGACACUAGAUGUCGCACUCAAUGCCGAGGACAACCGCACACAGGAACUGAAGAAUGCACAGAACACAGAAGACACUCUGCGCUACACUUGCCAACAAAAUGAGGAAAUGGAAAAGAAUGAAAACGAUAUGACUGAGACAGCAGAAUAGUACACUCUACACUACAACUCUACACUCUCCACUCUACAGUCUACACUUUGAGUCAAAUUUUGUUCUCUCUUUUAACGCAAUGAACAAGUUAAUCCGUUAUCAUUGCGAUGCCGCGUUCUUGCUUUUGAGCCAGAACGGGCACACUAAACGCCGAGCUUCGGUAACACUGGAGCAAACAAAAUCAUCACACUCUCAACCAUGUUUUUCGUUAAAAGGACACUACUUUCGGAUCGUAUUCGGCACGUCUGGAGAAGAAUACUGGAGAGCCAUCCAACCUCCCCCCCCCUGAACCUGUUUGUUCGUCGGAAGCCGAAGAAUCCUGUUGUCGCGGAUGCUGAAGAGUUCUAUGUUGCUGCGGAACUUGGAGGCUGAGGCGGCAGCAGUCCGAAGGCCAACGACUGACAUCUGAUCUGGAGAUCUGGAGAGACCUGGUGCUGGAACAUAUGAAGAGUAAUGCUGAUAAAUCUUACUAAACUAUUUGCUGAAAACUGCUGAUAAUUUUCAUACGAACUGAAACACGAGUUGAACUGCAAAGGAGACGAUUACUUAAGUCUACACUUUGGAUCCAAAACUUCCUCUCUUUAGCCAACAAUGGGAAACUACACUCUACUGAUGCGCAAGGCAAGAAUCAAGACACACUAUUCGACCAUUAUGAUAUGAUUUGUUUCAACAACGCACUGAUCCAACCUUUGAUCUUCUCUGUAUCAACGAAACAACGAAGGAACGGAAAACUGAGCACACUAAGCGAUACCCUACACUGAACUGGUUCUAAUCUUAGUUCCAGUAAGACACUACAGAUCAAUGGAGUAUCCUGGGCCACCCCUUUUUUGCAGGAUCUGCCAUUGAAACAGAAGUAAGCGAGCCAAUGAAUCGAUGAUUAAUGAAUCUACACCCACUCACACCCACUUACACCCUGCUCUAUCGCAGAGUUGCUCUGAUAUCUCACACACACACACUCUAAACACUCGAUGGAUCAACAAGAAGCGAGUUAAGAAGGCAACCCAUCUGAAAGCGAACUAUCUGCUGCUAUCUUUUUUACACUGAGCAUUUGUAAUGAUUUUCUAUCUAUGUUUGAAUAUCAAAUCGAAAUAUGUUUGCUAACGAUAAUAAAACACACAAAACACACACAUA